CCUGUCAUAGCCUGCCCCCGAAAGCUCUGGCGGAAGUGUGUGUGUGUGUGUGUGUGUUCACUGCUUUCAGGAUUAAAGGGGUUCUGAUCAUUUUCGACAACACGCGUCUUCACGGUCAGGGUACAUCACGUAGUAUUUUGGAACCUCAAGAUUCUUAUGCAAGAAGAAAGGCCUAAUUAACAUAUUGUUGUGGAUUCUAAGAUACUGUGGCAACAUUCGAGGAAUUGGAUUGCGAAUUCUUUCCAUGGAGGUUCAAGAAAGCCAGGGGAAAAAUACAGUUGUUUUUUUGGGGGGGGUAAAGGGAUGCUUGGCAAUUACAUGUUUGCUUCAACAAAUCUAACACAGGCUCGGUGGUGGUGGUGGGUUUGUGUUAAAACAGAAGACAUACAAAACAUGAACUGGGUAUAUUAAAAGAAAAUCGAUACGGCGCAACUGUAGAAAGAUCGUAUUACCUCUGAUCAAAUGCUUUAAUGAAUUAUUUAAUUGCUCCGGACAGACCUUGCUCGUUUUGCCUGCUUGACGUUGGAAAAGUGGAUCCAAUGGUGGACUAAAAAGAAAAAAAUGUAUUUACGAAAAAUCAAAGAGAUUGUGAUUUUAGAAAUAUGUAUCGGUGUGUAACCCUCGUCGUCAUGCGGUGUUGGGGGAGGAUCGGAGCAGGAACCUCACAUUGGAUUUCAUGUUUCGCAACAAUGUUGCUUCUGCAUCUAGCAGGAUUAUAUUAAAAACCAUUCAACAAAAUGGUUUUUAAUCAUUAACAGGAAAGAUAGUUUGCACUAUUUAGCACUCUGUGGAAAAUGACUAAAGCAAGGGACUACUACCUCUAAAUUAAAAAAAAAAAAAAAGAUAUUAACCAAACACCUAAACAGGUCUUUUAAUUUUUAAUAAUAAAACAAAUAUAGCGUGUUUUAUAAUUCCGAAAGUACAUGCCGUUUUGCCUUCAAAAGAUAGUACACAAAUGUUAAUUAUUGAUAAUUUCAGUACAUUUUUUAUUUAUCAAGUAACAAGUAAAUCAGAAAAUGGCAAGCUAAUAUUACCCGCAAAAAAACAAACAAAAAACUAACUAUAGUCUAAUAAGCAGUUUGUACUACCCGAUAUUAUUGGCCUCAAUGUAACAUUUUUCAUACGUUUUUAAAUACUUUUUUUUUUUUUUUUUUUUUUUUUUUUUUACAUUAGUUGCUAUGGCAUCAUUUCCAGAUUCCGAUAUGCAAUCAUGCCCCCUUUGCAAGGAAAUGUGCGGCUCCUCCGCUCCGAUCUCCUCCAAUUCAUCUACCUCAUCUUCCUCAUCUCAGGCCUCCAGCUCUUCUACCUCAUCCUCCAGGAGGCUCCACGUCCUGCCCUGCCUUCAUGCCUUCUGUAGGCAGUGCCUGGAAGGGCAGCGGAGCCCCGGUGACCCCCUCAAACUCAAAUGCCCGACAUGCGACCAAAAGGUUUCCAUUUCUGAGUCUGGAGUGGAAGCCUUGCCAUCCUCCAAUUUCCUUUUCAACAAUCUUUUGGACGUGGUCGUAUCCUCUGAACAAAAGAACAAAAACGGCUGCCGGAGUAACAACCACUGUCACGGCCUGCUUGGGACCCACCACCUCGGGGAGGCACAGUGCAGCUCAUGCGAUGAAGGUAACCCCGCUACCUCACAUUGCCUGGAUUGCCAGGAGUACCUCUGCGAUAAUUGCGUCCGGGCCCACCAGCGAGUUCGCCUAACCAAAGACCACUUUAUUGAAAGGUUUAUAGAUAGCUUGCAAAUGGCGAGCCGGAACAUAACCCUUUCCCAGUCCUUCCAUUCUACAUACCCACUGAUGCCAGUCUUUCAAGACCGGAUGAGCUUCUGCCAGCAGCAUGAUAAUGAGGUGUUUCGGUUCUUUUGUGACACAUGCUCGGUGCCUAUCUGUCGGGAGUGCAGUGUUGGGAGACACGUGGGGCACAGUUUCAUCUACCUCCAUGAUGCCGUCCAGGACUCCAAGGCCAUUACCAUCCAGCUGCUGGCAGACGCACAACAGGGGCGCCAGGCUGUGCAGAUGAGUAUCGAGAAGGCUCAAGCUAUAGCAGAACAGGUUGAGAUAAAGGCCAAGGUUGUGCAAACCGAGGUGAAAGCUGUCACUUCGAGACAUAAGAAGGCCCUGGAAGAACGAGAAUGUGAGCUGCUCUGGAAGGUGGAGAAGAUUCGCCAGGUGAAAGCCAAGUCCCUCUAUCUGCAGGUGGAGAAACUGCACCAGAACCUCAACAAGCUGGACAGCACCAUAAAUGUGAUUCAGCAGGUGAUAGAGGAGGGCAGAAACAUGGACAUCCUGCUGGCCCGGGAGCGCAUGCUGACCCAGAUCCAGGAGCUCAAGGCCCUGCGGGGUGCCCUGCAGCCACAGGAGGAUGACCGCAUCAUGUUUACCCCACCUGACCAGGCCCUCUUCGUUGCACUCAAGUCAAUGGGGCUGAUCAGCAGCGGUGCCUUCGCCCCAGUGACCAAAGCAACUGGCGAGGGCUUAAAGAGGGCUCUGCAGGGCAAGAUGGCGUCCUUCACUGUGGUGGGCUAUGAUCACGAUGGGGAGCCCAGACUCUCUGGCGGGGAUGUCAUCUCUGCAGUGGUCAUGGGCCCAGCUGGCAACCUGUUUGGGGCAGAGGUGACUGACCAUCAGAGCGGCACCUACACUGUUAACUACCUGCCCAAGCUAGAGGGCGAGCACCUUAUCUCGGUUCUCAUUUGCAACCAGCACAUCGAGGGCAGCCCAUUCAAGGUGCUGGUCAAAUCAGGUCGCAGCUACGGGGUGGUGGGCCUGCCGAUGGCCUCGUUUGGAGGCGAGGGAGAUGGAGAUGGCAAGCUGUGUCGGCCCUGGGGCGUCUGUGUGGACAAGGAGGGUUACACUGUGGUGGCCGAUCGCAGCAACAACCGCGUCCAGAUCUUCAAGCCCUGUGGUGCCUUCCAUCACAAGUUUGGGACUCUGGGCUCAAGACCUGGCCAGUUUGACCGACCUGCUGGCGUAGCCUGCGACAGCCAAAGGAGAAUUGUUGUGGCUGACAAGGACAAUCACCGCAUUCAGGUCUUUACAUUUGAGGGGCAGUUUCUCCUGAAGUUUGGGGAGAAGGGCACCAAGAAUGGGCAGUUCAACUACCCCUGGGAUGUUGCUGUCAACCCUGAAGGGAAGAUUCUUGUCUCUGACACCCGCAACCACCGCAUCCAGCUGUUCGGGCCUGACGGAGCCUUUCUGAAUAAGUACGGCUUUGAGGGUGCCCUCUGGAAGCACUUUGAUUCUCCUAGGGGAGUGGCUUUCAACCACGAGGGCCACCUAGUGGUGACAGACUUCAACAAUCACCGGCUGCUUGUCAUCAGGCCCGACUGCCAGUCUGCCCGCUUUCUGGGUUCAGAGGGCACGGGCAACGGACAGUUCCUGCGGCCACAGGGGGUGGCUGUGGACCAGGAGGGGCGCAUUGUGGUUGCUGACUCCCGUAACCACAGGAUCCAGGUCUUCGAACCCAAUGGCAAUUUCUUAUGCAAGUUCGGGACUCAGGGUAAUGGCUUCGGACAGAUGGACCGCCCAUCGGGUAUAGCCAUUACUCCUGAUGGAAUGAUUGUGGUUGUCGACUUUGGAAACAAUCGAAUCCUAGUGUUCUGAAAAUGUCUUUCUGUUUUGUAAUGUAAAAAAAGGAGAGAAAAAAGAGAUUUUAAGAUACACAGCAUUGUUUGAUGGGGGCAGUCAUUUAACCAAGGGUUGCUGUAGGUUUAAACUGGUGUUCCACUGAGGGAUAUAGCACUCCAUCCGUCCGAUCAACUGACGAUCUUGUUGAUGUUCUCUACAGCAGUUGAAUGUUUUAUAGUGAGUUGAGGGGGUUUUCUCAGAUGAAACUAGAGAACAGUUGACUAGAAACAGUCAGUAGGUCAAAUGAUUUUAAUAAAGCAGAAUGGCGUGAUCUUGAACCUAUUUGUCACAUGUAGGCCCUCUGGUUAUAGCUGCUAGAAACAUAAUUGGAUACUUUACAGCCUAAAUCGCAGCAUAAUAUGAAGAUGUGCUUCUGUUAUUAUCAGGUAUAUACAAAAGCAGCAGUGAGAAUCUUUCCAAACUGCUUAGCUGCUGGAGCACCAUCCCUCUGUAGACUUGACUGGCCAUGCCCUGCACGUUUAUCUUAAACUCCCUUUUGCUAAUCAUCUCAGGGAAUUUCUUUGCAUUCUUGAAAUAUUUUACACUCUGCAUCAUACCUACCUCAUCUUGUUCACAUAUGAAUGUACUUGUGUUUUUGUGCAGAGAUUUAGUCCGUGAAGUUUUAUAGAAAAAAAAAUGUCUACCUCAAUGUUUUUUUUUUAUUAUUAUUUGAGAGAAAAAAAAGAAACAAGGUGUGCUUUAUAUGUGCACAGCUCGCACACAUUUUCUAAAGCUGUUGUACACGUUAAGCAAUUUAAAAUACUCAGUGUUGCUGAGACAAUGUUAAGAUGCACAGGUUACAUCUUAAUUGUAGCAAGUGUGGAGACAUUUCAAUGAAUCUGUUUUUGGUUUUGUUUUUUUUGUUUACUCCCAAAAGAUGAUAAUACUCUUGGUUACUGUGGCAAGUCAGCUUCCUACCUUAGUGAGACUUUUAUCACAGAGUCUGUUCUGUGACUUGCAAACAUGAAAAGAAAACCCUUUGGCUUUUUUUUUUUUAAUCUUAUGCCAGAAUUAAGAUCGAUAGUUCCCACUGGUGUAAGCUGAACUGAAUACCUUGUGAAACUUGUUUGGCAGCUGAGAAGUAAUACUAGUAUAACAGAGCAUGGACAUGCGGGCGAAUUCUAAAUAGAUCCAGUAAAAACAAAACAAGAUUUGUGUGCAAAAAAAAACUUGAUUAAUAUUGGGGGAGGGCAUAAUUAAUUUAAUUAAAGUGAUAACACUGUCAUAUGUGCAGUUGGUUGCAAAUCCCCCCCCCCCCCCCCUUUGAAUGUAAUGCCCUCACUAUGGCAGAGGGUAAGUAUUAGAAUGUGUGUAUGUGUGUAUGUAUGUAUGUAUGUAUGUAUGUAUGUACAGAUAUAGAUAGAUAGAUAGAUAGAGAGGGAAGGAGAGAUUAGUUAAUGGAGAAUUGUGGAAUAGCCACAUCUUGGAGACAAAGAAAAGAAGAUCUAAAACACAGACGUUCCUGCCUUGUAUUAGGAACCGCCACAAUUUAAAAAUAAAAUAAAAAUGUAAUUAAAAAAAUAAGUAAAUGGGGAAAUAAUCCAAAUUUAGUGUAACAUACAAUAUAAUUGAUGAUUUGUUUUGGGUUCCUUUAUGGGUCAUAGCCUUAGCUUUAUUUUCACUUCUGCUGGUAGUGGAUAAGGCAGGCUGUAAAAUGUUAUUUAAAGGGAUGAAACUUUGAAUUUCAAGUAUAGGGUGUUGUUGGGACUGGCAUAAAUGGGUUUCAAAGACUAAAUUCAUGGAUAAUUAUGUACCUUAAGAAUAUUGUAGAUUUUUCUUUUUCUUUUUUUUCCCCUAAAAGGCACGCUUUCUGUUCACAAUCUUAGGAUGAAAUCCAUAAAUUGUUGAACUGUAGAGCCAGUUGCUAUUUGUAAAAAGUCUUUUGAUGUAGGUAGCCCUUGCUACUGGACCUGUCUUUUGAAUAUACAGGUAUAUCUCUUUUAUAUAGGAAGGGGACAGAACUGAACUUAGAACAAUGUUUUUAACCCCCAUUUUCCACUUCCAUUUAUAACCUGUUGGUGCUAAGCACUGUCACAGGACAAGGGUAAAACAAAAUAUAUGUAUCUAUGAGCACUGCCAUCUGUCAGCUUCUGUAAAACCAAAGAUUUUAAAAGGUUUUCAGGCUAAUUUAAAUGUAGUUAAUUAUCCAUCUUGAAGACCUUAUUCAUAAUACAUUUGUAUAGAGAAAAGCUUUAAAAAAUGUUAAGGAAUACAUGAUCAGUGCCACAAGCUGGAUAUGUCAGCCAUUAAGGAGCACUGCUGGUUGAAUUGCUGUCUGGAGUUAUUCAAGUUUUAGUUCAGAAGCACACUGGGAUCUUAUAAACCUAGAUGAGCAGUAUAAAUCCUAAUCAUGUUUGUUUGCUGUUCAUUGCCACUUUAGUCAGAAGUACCCAGUCUCUCCAUAUUGAACACCAUAUAAAUCAUAUAGGAUUACAAACUAGAAAACGCACUAAAGGGACUUGCAUUGGUUGAUUUGAGUAUUAAAAAAAAACAACAACAACAAAAAAACAUGCUUCAUAAAAGGGUCCUGUUUUAAUGAUAUAAACAAAGGUAUUUAGAUUAGACACUAUUUCUAUUAAAUUGAACCAACCCCAGGGUCACCUAAACCUUUUUUUCCCCCAUAAGGUACAACAUUAGCAUUUUUUUAAUGGUGUUAGUAAAGUGAUAGAAUUAACAUUACAUUGCAAGCUAUUAUUCCCCAAACUAUAUGUAGACAUUGCCAAAUAUUCACAGUUCUGUCCCAUUUAUUGGUUGAGGAAGGUCCAGGAAUAUUCUUGUAGACUAGAUUAAAAUCUGUGAAAAUAGAGAAUCAAUCCCUGAACUCCUGGCCAACCACCCCCAGCUUCAUAUGUGAUGUCUGACUGCAUUCCUGCUCCCCACUUAGUUUUCAGUGGUAAUAUAGAUUGUAUUUGCUUAGUUUCAGGAAAGACUAGCCUACUGUAGAGUCAAAUCUUGUUGAACAACCCAUUGUUGACACCCUCGGUGAGAGUGCCAUUUGUAGGUCUUUGUAUACCCUUAUUAUGUUUAGGCCAGUCAAACAGCAGUUGAAUGGGGAAAACGCAAAGCAAAAUCUUGCUAAAAAAAGCACCAGCAAGUCCCCUAAUCUAAAGACAGUUGUCCAUCUCAGCUGAAGUGUUAUUCCUCAAUAAAACUUUGCUUUUUAAUCUUCGUAACUAAGUGAAAGGGACUGUAACCUCUGUUGUAGCCUACUAUAGAUUCAAUAUAAAUGUCAAUCAAUCACUUCAUGUCUGCAUUUCAGUCGGAUUUAAUUCAGUUUAAACUGAGCUGAAGAAGCUUUUUUGAAACAUAACUCCUACCCAUUUAGAACCAGACAUUUCAUAAAAAUCAGCCUCUGGGAUUGUCUUCAUCAAGAGUUGUUUCUGAGACUGCACACUGGUUCAUUUUUAAAACUAAAGUCUGCUGCUAUAGAUUCUGUAUGCUUUUUAGACAUUUUAUUGUUGCUUGGUUUUGGACUGAGAUCUGUCUACAAAUGGUUAGGAGUAAAUAGAAUAAACACCACAUGAACUUCAAAACACAAAGUUUCAAACCAGCUUGCCUUUCAGAGGAUGCAGUCCCGUUAGUAAACACUUGUAUAGUCAACCUUUUUGAUUGUGCCUUUAAAUAUAUCAGGAAAAUUUAUCAGCAGUGGUCUGAAAGUUGUGCCAAAAAGGGAUUUAUAGUCUUGUAUGUACGAAGGGCGGUGUGUGAAUUAAGUUUUACAAACAAACAAGAAACACUGGUACUUAUAAAAUAAUUUGUCCCAUAAUGUAUAUAAGUGUAGUCAAGACACUACUCACUUAUUUUCUUGAUCAUAUGAACUUUCUACCUCAUUGGCAAGCUUUUCAUUUGAGUGCGACUAACCUUUACCUCAAUAUAAUUAUAGUAGAAACUAGCUUUACUAAAAGAUUAAAAAAGAAAAUAAGAAUUCAAACUCUUUUUACAUUUUAAAAUCACUCCUACCAAAAAAAUGAUUGUUACCAAGUAAUUGGCACAUUUUGAAAAGGGUAAGGCUGCUGCUUUGUUUAGGUUUGAACAAACCUUGUACACGUUGUAUUUUGUUUUCAGUAUUAAGUAUGACUUUAAUGUGCUAACAUCCUUGUAUCUGUUUAAGUUAGAGUUCUAUCUCUCUUUAAGAUCUUUAGGUCUUUUACUAUAUGUUUUAAUUAGUGCAUGCUUUAAAAAGGUUGAUAUAUUGCGGGUUUGAAUUUAUGGUACUGUCCUAUCUGUGGGUACUCUCCACUUUAGUUAAUUUAGUCCUCCAAAGAGUGCCGAAGUAACCCUCAUGCUUUAUAUUCACAGAACAUACUCCUGUGAGCUGUGGCUAAUUGAGGUGAUAAUUAUUCAGUGUCUGCACAUUCAACAGCAGUGAUCUGUUUCCAUGUUGGUGUAUGUAAAAUGUGUUAUUUGUAGCAUACACAAGUGAUAUGUUUUGGUUCAAUAUGUUGGAUGCAUCAAAGCUUAAAUAAAUUGUGGAAAGCACUGUAUAUUUGCUUCCAAUAGCUAGCUGUAAGCAGGUUAAAGGAAGUCAUUUAUUUAUUUUCUUCUCAGCCAAAGUGCGUGACAGACUGGACCAAAGAUGAAAUGAGCUUGAUUUAUAUAUAUAUUAGUUUAAGUAAACCAACUGGAAAUUAGGAAACUGUAAACGGGGUGUCUGAUUUGGCAUAGCUGGGCAUUACUGUGCUAUAUCUUGUUUGGGUUACCGAUAUUACUGUUGUAAGGGUUUACUAGCCUGUUUUCUGUCUUGCUUUACCUCUUAUGGUUAAAAAAAACUAUGUGUGCCAGUUCUUAAGUGAAUGGUCUUAGACCACUUUUAUGAUUGUAUAAUCUUAAAAAAACAAACAAAAAAAAAAAAAACCUCAGGUAGAUUUCCAGGGCUCCAUGUCUUUGGAGCUUUCGUAACUUAAAUAUGAUGUGUCCUGUAGUGAAUUAGAUUUUUUUUUUGUUGAAACCUCAGAACUAUAUUUGAUCUGUGUAAGAAAAUAUUGUUGCUUACUUGAUAUUCUGUGAUGUGUUGAUUUUUCAUUCAUCUAAAAAGAAGACAAAUAAAGCAAAACAUGAAGGUUUCAUGGCAGCCCUUUUAAUACAAGUAGUUUUCUUACAAAAAUUAAGCACACCAAGGGGCUAUGAACAGAGAAAUUUGGGUGUAAUCUGUCAUGCCUGUGUUCAGACAGGGUUUUUCUCCAUUGAAGGAAAAGCCAUGUGCUUUAGAUGUCCCUUAUCUGAGCAAACAAACUACAGAUUGGAAUGUCUGUUGGCCAAUCUAGCAAGUCUUGGAAAUACCUGUGAAAACCCAACUUCCCAAUUUGAGUUUUCAACUGUAACGUUCCAACUCUAAAGUUCUGAAUAGAAGGAAGAGGGUAUAUAUAUUUCUCGGAAAUUCACAGCUCACCUACCAAAGAAGAUAUGCUUGUAUUAUAACUACUAGAAAUGUACUGUAUCUGACAGCCUUAAUGACCAAACCAUGCCUUUUUAGGGGUAUGCUUUUGAAUAUACUGAUCUUUUUUUCCAGAUUACAUUUAAUGUUUUGGCACUAAUAAUGGCACCGCAGAGCAAUGCAUGACAGGAUACUAUCCUCUUCCCUCUUUCCUAGGGUGUGUGUUAUAUUAAAAAAAUAUCCACUGAAUGUAUUUUCAUUGCAGUCCAUGGAGAAAGGCUGUUUUGUGUAACAAGCUGCCCUUGUGUGGAUGGCUGCCAAUGCACUUGUCUCAGUGCUUUAUUUCCCUGUGGAUGCAGCCCAGCUCUGAGAUUGGGGUCUGUGUGGAUUUCUCUAAGAUUACUGACCCAUGCACUCCAUGUUCUCAGGGCUGACUUCAGAUGUUGGUGUGAUGCCAUCCAUCUAUACAAGGCCAAGGAGAUUAUAUAUCUGUUACCUGCAGCCUUUAAACAAAUUUGUUGUCUUUAUGGACUUUAAAUAUUUCCUAUGCAGUUUGAUUUUAUUUUUUGUUUACAUUUAAAUAAAUGUGUAUUUCUUGGACUACA